CAGACAGCCAGUUGCUGCUGCUGCUCACUAAGCCCCGGGCAUUUGCUUUCAGGCAGCAGUGGCAAUGGUGCUGCCAGUGAGGAGGGAAAGAUGCUGCCAUCGGGGAGAUAAGAGGAAUCAGGCAUCUACGUUUAAAGCAUCCUCCUGCUCCUCCUCAGAACUUCCUAUUUCCCAAAACAUCUGUAACAAUCAGCAGCAGAGCUGGAGCUGAGCAGCCAGCAAUAACAGAGCUGUUACUGCUGUUUUACAUCAGUUGAUAUUUUGCAAAAGACAUCUCUUUGGGUUCAGAUCACAACCUUUCCAUCCAGUUUUUAAAUGACUAGUAAAGAUUUACCUUUCCAAUAUGAUAUCGGAAACAGAAGCAACUAUGUGGGACGUGGCCAUGAAGCGCAAGUUGAGCACUUCAGUGCAUAUAUUUGCAAACCCCCUUACAAUACGAACAAAGCUGUGAUUGUGGUCCAUGAUAUAUACGGAUGGCAGUUCCCGGACACCAGAUAUGUUGCAGAUAUAAUUGCAGCUAAUGGAUUCUUAACCAUUGUCCCAGACUUUUUUCUGGGGAAAGAGCCUUGGAAACCUACUAAUCAUUGGCACAAUUUUGCGGACUGGCUAAAGAACCGAGAUCCUAUGAAAGUGGACAAGACUGCUAACGUUGUCUUGACGUAUUUAAAGAAGGAAUGCAACGCAAAGAAGAUUGGUAUCGUUGGAUUUUCCUGGGGUGGAAUGGCUGUACAUCAUUUGAUGCUGACAAACCCUGAAUUAAAUGCUGGGGUGUCUCUCUAUGGAAUCAUCAGAGACUCUGAGGACAGAUAUGAUUUGCUGAAUCCUACCUUUUUCAUUUUGGGUGGAAAAGAUCACACCAUUUCUUCUGAUCAGGUCACUUUGCUAGAGAAGAAACUGGAAGAAUAUUGUAAAGUGAACUAUAAGGUUAAAGUGUAUCCUGGUCAAGUUCAUGGCUUUGCUCAGUGUAAGCCUGAGGACAUGAAGCCUGCAGAUGUGCCUUACAUGGAGGAAGCAAGAAUGGAUAUGAUUGACUGGCUGAAUAAAUAUAUUAUGUUUUAAAAGCUGAAACCACUUUAAUUUUAUCCUCAAUGCACUCUAUUUUUUCACUAAAAUAUUUGUGAAUUGUAGUGUUCACCAUCAGACUCUGAGAAAUUGUGCUUUAAAGAAUUGCAAUAAUAAAUAUUGAA